AUGACAACUGGACUGGCCACCUCUGGACGUGGUGCUCAAGUCGACCAAUCCUUCCAGAGGAAACAUGAUCGUUACGAUUACAAGGUCCAACGACAAAGUCUGCAUCGCGAUGACUUAGCAGACCUGAUGCAACUCACCAUAGGCCGGAUGGACAUGUACAAUCUGGUCGGUGCCUUGCUUCUCACCUUCGCACUUCAGUGGAUUACAAGCAGUGAUAUCAUCGCUGCGCCUGAUGUGAAGCACUGGCCGACUUGGUAUUCCACGGUGUUCGUCAUCAAUUGUUUUAGUUCUGUUGGCUACCUUUUGUUUUCACUUUGGUUCGCGAUGCAUUGCGCCGUGACUUGCCAGUCGCUGGGAACCAGAAUGCGGAUCAAUUUCGCGAGGCGCGAUGCAAGUACACUUCGAUAUUAG